AUGCGCAUUCGACCUUUCUCGUUGGCAGUAGUCCUGUCAACCUGCUGUGCAGUCGCUCAAUCUGCGCAGGACCGUGUCAUUCUACUGGGUGACAAGCGGUACAAUGGCACUUCGAAAGUCGAAUUUACUUCCCAGGCUCUUGGUCAAGCCGACUUCUUCAAACUAGAUCCAGCACCAAACGCCACUUCAUUUGACUCGCAAGUCUUCCCUUUCCCAUUACCGCUAUAUAGCAUGUCCUAA